CCUCUUUCUUCUUCCCUGGUAAUUUAGUUCAAUUCAACAGAGCAGAAAGCAGAGAGCUCAGUUGCUAAUUUGCUUUGCAAAAAGCGUCGGAUAUUCAGUUGCUUUGCAAAAAGCGUCGGAAAUUAAUCAAACUAAUUGAGUUUAAGCUAAAUCGUACGGUGAGAGGAUGGUUCAAGCCAAGCAUAAAAAAUCCAAACCUAAGAAACUAUCACAAGCCAAAAAGCAUGGAAAGCAGGGUGACAUCUCUAACUUCCGUGCUCAGCUUGAUUUGUUGGAUUUGAAGAUUAUCCAAGUGACAGCUGAUGGCAAUUGUUUCUUCAGGGCUUUGGCUGAUCAGUUGGAGGGCAAUGAAGAGGAACAUGAAAAGUAUCGUCGUAUGGUUGUGCAGUAUAUCGAGAAAAAUCGUGAACUAUUUGAGCCAUUUAUCGAGGAUGAUGUCCCUUUUGAUGAAUACUGCCAGUCCAUGGGAAAGGAUGGCACAUGGGCUGGACAUAUGGAAUUGCAAGCAGCUACCCUUGUGACUCAUACUAACAUCUGUAUUCAUCGUCAUAUGUCACCUCGAUGGUACAUACGAAAUUUUGAUGACCAGGGGGCACGCAUGAUUCAUCUGUCUUAUCACGACGGAGAGCACUACAACAGCUUAAGAUUAAAGGAAGAUCAGAGCUGCGGACCUGCUAAACCUAUCGUGAUUAAGGCUGAUGAUAAUCUUACAGCAAGUGCACAACAACCAAAAUCUGCAGGCAGUCAAUCAAAAGCAAAACAUUUAAAAUAUGUUGUUUACGAAGGGGCCCUUAAAAUGGUCAUGGCAGGCAGUGGUUGUGAUGAUGCUGAAAAGGUUGAGCAGGUUUUAUUGCAAGUGGAUGGUGAUGUUGAUGCUGCAACUGAGUUCUUGAUAGCAGAACAAGAAGCUGGAGAAACAUUAAAGGAAAAUGGUGUUUGUCAUGAAAAAGAUAAAAUUGACGAAGAUGCAAAGACAAAAUCUAAUAACCAUGUGGAAAACAUAGUUCCUUUAGAGAUACAAGAACAUUCAACUGACAUUGAAGCUGUUGAUAGUUCCAAAACAUCUAGCAAGGUUGACAAGAAAAUUCCUAAUAAUAAGGUUUGCCCUUGUGGAUCAAAGAAAAAACAUAAGGCGUGUUGUGGAGCAGCUUCUGGAAAAACCUGUUCUAAAGUUGUAGUUGACAACGAAGUUCAUGCUAGAAGGGGUAAAAGGAUGAAGCAAAGGAAGAAGGUCAUACCAAUUACCAAAGCAGGUUCCUGUGGGUCAAACAGUAAUUUGCCUGAUAUGGGUGCAUUGUGUAUCUGAUUAAAGUGUGGUAAACCAUACUCACUCCGUAUUAUAAACACGCCGAUUACCCAUGAAAUCUGUGAAAAAGGCAAUGUUGUGACUUGUGAUUGUCGUAGCAUAGAAUGUUUCCCUAUUACAUUAUUACAACAGCGCUUGACGGUUUUGACAAGAUAUUGGCAUCUCUGGGAUGUUCGUGAUUAUCUUUGUAUUUAAAACGAGUAGAACGAAAUGACACUAAGAUUGCAGUGAGUCGGUGACUUGUGAUACGAGGUUAUGAUGUUUGGCUUCUGGCUGAUAGCAUUAACUCAAAAGGAUUUGGAUUUCAAUACUUCCUCUUCUACUUGUUUCGUUACAUCCUUUUUACCUCCUCGUGAAGAUUGUUGCUUGCUUGUGAAUAACUAAAGUUGUACAUUAGCCUCUGAAUUCAGGAUUUUUGCCAAUGAGUUGUUUGAUUAAAUUAGACACACGAGUAUUAUGGAUA